AUGACUGCAAUUCAACAGACUUGUGACGACAGAGAACUCGAUGCCCUGUUUCCCUCCUCAUCUUCCCCACCGACCGUGCUUUCCCCUCCACGUUACCCUGGUAUUUCCCCAGAAGCAGCUGCAGCUUUGAAAUACGUCUUGAAGGAUAACCAUACCAAGUACCACAUUUUCUUCAACGACCUGCUAUUUCAUAACCAUAUCACCCAUCGCGCUCUGGCACUUUAUGUUGUGGGCGCGAGUGGAUCUCUGAUCGAGCAGUUCUACAAGCAAGACGGCUCUAACCAGCGCCCAGCUAUCGUGGCCCCCGAGGCUAUCACCGAAGUGAACUUCACAGAACAUCUAGGUGACGACAAAUUUUACACCGCGUACAUAACUUUCUUCAGUAAGGUUGUCAAGGAAAAGGGCGUCAGCGCCACGCUGGAGGAAUACAUCUUCUGUAAGAAGUACAACUUUGUAGAAGGACGAGAUGCGUCUGCCCAUCCGGUGAUGUUGGCCCGCUUCCUUGGAGCGGUGUUACACGCCUUCAUCCAUGUGGGAUAUGGCGCUGAACUUGGCAUUCCAGGCAUGGUUGUUGAAGGUCUCGCAUUGACCAGUGUGCAUGGGCGUGAGUUCUUGCCAUCGCAUCUUUUUGAGCCUAGCGGCACGACUGCAGUGGAGGAGACAACCACUCGGCUUGCCUCGCUUUUCCUUAAUACAAAGACAUCUGUUGCACCCUCUCAGCUCGAACAACCGCGAAAAAUACAUGCAUUCUCUAUUCUUGCCAAGAUCAUGGAAGAUUCGACAUUCGCACCGAAGGAAAUCAAGAAGCACUUUAAAGAUUUUGACGGCAUGAUGUCUGAGCACGGUGCUGCUAUAUGGCGCUACGCUGAACAAUGGACAAUUGACCCGUCACAGCCAGGGGAAAUCGACCGAAAGAUGGAGGAAUGUAUUUGGACGAGCACUCUCAUCUACGUUAUUGGCGGAUGGAGCAAAGACAGAGGCCUAACAGCAGACUUCUUCUUUAUGCAUCUCGUCACCUCAAGUCUCUUCCUUCCAUCCCUGUUGCCUUACCUACCACAAAACUCGCAAGUACUUUUGCUUCGCGGAUACUUCGCAACGACUCUUGCGUGGUGGAUCACACGCGGCUUACCUCGACUAGACGUUCAUAGCUUCCUCAGUGCCACCUCACAUCUUUCAUCCGAGGGCAAGGUCGCCAACCCAUUCCUCGACAUUGUCCAGUCUGCAAUGAUACACCCAAACGAUCAUAUGCUGAAGAUUCAGCGUGCCUUUGCGCAUUUCUCUUCGAUUUAUGGUGCACGACCCAAGGGCUACUUUACGGGUACGGAACUGGAUGGCGCACAAGGGCUGGAUGGAUCGCUGUUCCUUAGGGCUGCGAGUUUGACUGAGGAUUACUUGAGCAAGGGUACGUGGAGCCAAGCAGGAUUUCCUGCGAGGGAUUAG